CUACAAGAUGAUUAGUAAAAUAGCGGACACAUACGUGCCUUUUUGAUAGCUUUAUCUUUUUCAUCCCAGUGGACACCUCACAGACACAAUAAUGGAGUGUGUAUGGGAUGACCACCCAAUCCCUGAUGGUCCUUUCUUUUCCAGAGAUCUCUAUGACAAAUAUGCUCUUUCACCUCACAUCAGAGAACUCUGGGCCUUUCUCCAAAGUCCUUCACAAAGUGACGACAUAAAACAAGAGUGUGAUGUUGGGCUCACAGAAGCCUCCAGCUCUAUGUCAAAAAAGGAUGCUGCAGACUUAAAAGAUAACAGUUGCAUCAGCAGCCAAGUGUCCUGUUGGGAGAGCUGUGAUAGUGAUGCUCCAUGUGGGGACAAUGGUGCUGAAGGCAACGAAGUCAGUAAGCAUGACAGAAAGUCCAGAGCUAAGCAAAAGCAGAAUGAGACGGAGGCCGGAGAUGCUUAUCCUGAACCCAGGUUACCCUUUCCCUGUGUGUCCAGUCUUACCAGCAAAGAACAGAAAACAUAUGUUGCCUAUUUGAUGAGUAAGAAAGGCAGGAGUCCAGCACAGAGCUUAAAGACACGAUUAAACAAUGAAGUGAUGCAGUUCAUGAAGUACCUGCAAGACGUGGCUAAAGUUUGUGCUGAAGACUACAACUUCAUAUCACAAGGAGCCAUGCAAUAUUCAGAGGAAUUCUUCGGGGCUUGUUUAGAGUGUGUUAAGACACUUCCUCAGUUUUAUCAGAUCCAUGAGAUGACAAGUUUGACAGGGGGAACGUUCAAUCCCGGCCUGGCGCUGACUUUUGAAAAACAGCUACUAACAAUGGGCUGUGUGAAUAUUACGGACCACAAGAUAGUGCCUGCUGAUGCGCAGCUUGCAUUGGAUUAUCAGAUUAUUUCAUCAGAGAAUCCUCCAGCUAAAAAAGCUAAGGACAUGCAUGCUGUGAUCAGUAGCGAUGGAAACGCAGAGAGGCUGUGUGCUUCUUAUGAGCCUCAUAUCUGUCUGACUCGAGAUGCUUUGGUCAGACUACUGGACAACCACGGCCCUGAUUUUAGGGAGCAAUGGGAACUGCCUGUUUUGGUAAAAGUAAACCCAGGAAAAGUGAGUAAACAGAAGAAGACGGUGUACAUUGACUCACCCCUUCUGAAGACUGAAAUAACAGUUAGAGAGAGAGGUCAUAUCUAUCACGGAGAAAGUUUGAAGCUCUCCAUCAUGAAAAAUGGGAGCAGAAAAGUUUUCCAUUUGAUGACAGAGCGUCCUGCGAAUGAACAGCAGAUCUCACCGGAGGCCUCCAGGAGAAGUUGUGUGCCUGUAGAUAGCAGUGGUUUAGACUUUGAGGCAGACCUCACUGACUUAGAGACAUUUGGAGAGUCAACAACCACUAAAACGUGCGUAAAGAAGAAGUCACAGGAUGAGCAGGAUGGAGUAGUUAUGAAUAAAAAAACUACAAGUUCUCCAGUUUUAAGUGGGUCUAAAAGGUCUAGUGAACAUCUGGACAGAAGUGAUGGCAGCAGUUCACAAGACAAGAUGCACAACUCUUUGACAAAUGUGGAUCCCAAAACAAGUCAGCUGACUGUGAAUAAGACCAUUCUGCCAAAGACUGAUCCACUAAAACAGGGUUCUUCCCAAGAAAGUGACCAAGACCAAGCUUUUACAGAAGACUCGGAUGAUGAGAGGCUGGCUAUUGAUGAGUCUGUCUCUCCGACAGCAACACCUGUAAAAGAGCCCGUGGACCAUGCCCCUGAGUCCACUCCGGUAAAUACAAACUCAUCUUCUCCUCAUAAAGGUACAAGGUCCAGGCCACAGUCUAAAAGAACAAAGAUCUCUGGGGAUCAAUUAGGUGAAAUUCUGCGCAUGCAGACUGCAAUGUUCAAGUCUGGCAAUGGGACACCUGCAACUAAGUCACCAAGCCGAUGUGUGGAGCCCUUAUUGCAUUCUCAUACAACAUCCCUGGUUAAACCCUGUGUGACCUCAUACCUGGAAAGACACCAAAACGAGGAUGGCGAGGCCUGUGCUGCUCCUCAUGAAUCAGCAGUUAUCAGAAAUAAUGCUGCAGGGCAUAAAAAAAUUCUUUCUGAGGACCUUCAGGCUUGUGCAGAAGAUGAGCAAGAUUAUGACAGUCCAGUAGAAGGCAACCUGAUCUACAAACUUUACAGUCUGCAAGACUUGUUACUCCUGGUGCGCAGCUCUGUCUCUCUGACCCAUACAAGAAAUGUAGGGAGCAGCCAGAACCAGUACGUGCCAGUGCAUGUCUUGCCGAAGCUAGAGUACCAGCUUGCUUACGGUGUUGAAUGUCUAACCAGCAGUGAGGCCUGUCAGCUGUGGACAGAAACAUUGCUUCACUCCAGCACAAUAUCUUACAUAGCUCACAUCAAUGCACAUACAUCUAAAGUGGCUCUGCUAAGAAAGCUGCCUGACGACUGGAAGCAGAACAUCUCCUGCGGAUUCAAACCUCCCAAGUCAUUGAAUAUACUACACCACUUACUGAAAAAGCUAGCAGGGUUAGAGGAAGGACAGUACCUGAUUACACACAAAGCAGGGGAACCAUUUGUGACAUUGUUAAAAGCCGCUAAAGAAAAAGUGGGUCGGGCGGCGUACAACCUGCAGCAGAUCCACAGCUCCGUUCCACAACCCCCUGCAUCAGGCCAUGUACCCUGGAUACCUGUAGAUCCAGCUGUGGUCCUGCCUUUCCACCAGAAACAUGGACGGGUUCCCUGCACAUUUCCACCCAAGACCAUCCCAACGACAUCAAAAGAGGGUCGCAAAAACCAUGGAGGUGGCCAGAACAACCCGAAUCCACAAGGCAACAAGAAGAAAGGCAAACAAAAACGUGCAGCUAGGCGUAACAAAUACAUAAAGAAUCUAAUUCAGAAAUCCAUUUAAAAUCAGCCAUUCUGGACUCAAAAUUCAGUUUCAUCCUGUUCAUUUGUUGAUUGUUUCAUAUUUUAGAUUGAGUUAGAGGAGGAGAUGAACCUGUUCUGACAAGGAAGGGAGAAAAAAAGAAGAAAAGUGACUAAAUAUCUCAUCAUGUUUUUGAUUUGUUCUUGAAAUGUGAAUGCUUGAGGCAUUUUUACUGUUUACAUUUUAUUUUUUAAAUUUCCUUUUUGUUCAGUGACUUUUCUAUACUGUUAUAUGUUUUGUUAAAGCAGCAGAAAUAAACUUUAAAGUGUU